AUGAAUAGCGAUAGAUCUUCUUUUGUGCAAACCUAUUGCAUGAAUUCUCGAGGAGGAGUUCGGCCCAUAGCACAAUGCACUGCACGAGCAGCACCAGAAGCUGGGGCUAUAGCUGCCGCUGGGGCAGACUGCACGACAGUAGCCAAAGCGGACCCCACACUGCCACCUCGUUGGUACUUUUUCAAUGGAGUUUGUACCAAAGCAGAAGCCGAUUUUCCAAGGCCAUCACUAAUGCUUUGGCAGAGAGACCAAUUUUGCAGCUCCAGUACCAACAGCAAACAAGGACUUAAUGGGAGGAAGGCCUUUUAA